UCUUUUUUCGCUCGCUCCUUUGUGGACUCAAAAAAUGGGAAGAUUAGACACUCUGAGAGAAUUUAAUUUAUUGUCAUGGAUGAGAGAGGAAAGACAAUCGAGGAAGUUGACCCUGGUCAUCGUUUUCAUCGCCUUGCUGCUGGAUAAUAUGCUUCUAACGGUGGUCGUCCCCAUCAUCCCCAGCUACCUAUACACAGUUGAUGAUGCAGUAGCCAACAUGGCCAAGAAUCACACCACGGCCUCCCCACACACCCCUUCUGGAACCUUCCAUACCAUCGUGUCCCUCUAUGACAACUCUGUCAGGGUAACCAGCGGGGGCCCAAUGGACUCCACACCCAUACCCUUGGAUAAGGCGCAGGCUCUCACACCCCACAACUCCACAGAGCCUGACUGCCCCAAAGCAGAUGACCAGCUUCUCAAUGAGAAUGUGAAAGUGGGACUACUUUUUGCCUCCAAGGCCACCGUACAGCUCAUCACCAACCCCUUUAUUGGGCCUCUCACCAACAGAAUAGGAUACCAGAUCCCCAUGUUUGCUGGGUUCUGUAUUAUGUUCCUGUCAACCAUUAUGUUCGCCUUCUCAUCGAGCUACACUCUGCUGUUUCUGGCCAGAUCCCUGCAGGGUGUGGGCUCCUCCUGCUCCUCCGUGGCUGGGAUGGGGAUGCUUGCCAGUGUGUACACAGAUGACGAGGAGAGGGGAAAUGCCAUCGGGAUAGCACUGGGUGGUCUGGCCAUGGGCGUGCUGGUGGGCCCACCAUUCGGCAGCAUCAUGUAUGAGUUUGUGGGGAAAACGGCGCCUUUCCUCAUUCUGGCUGUUCUGGCUGUGCUGGAUGGAGCACUGCAACUGUUCAUUCUCCAGCCCUCAAAGGUGGAACCAGAGAGCCAGAAAGGGUCCUCACUUUGGAGCCUUAUUAAAGAUCCAUACAUACUCAUUGCUGCAGGAUCCAUUUGUUUUGCAAACAUGGCCAUUGCAAUGUUAGAACCAGCGUUGCCUAUUUGGAUGAUGGAGACCAUGUGUCCAAGAAAAUGGCAGCUAGGCGUUGCCUUUUUGCCAGCCAGCAUCUCCUACCUGAUUGGAACGAACAUCUUUGGCGUCCUCGCGCACAAGAUGGGGAGAUGGCUGUGCUCUCUCAUCGGGAUGGUCCUCGUGGGGGUUAGCAUCCUCUGUGUCCCUUUCGCUAAGGACAUCUAUGGACUGAUACUUCCGAAUUUUGGUGUUGGUUUUGCAAUUGGCAUGGUGGAUUCCUCUAUGAUGCCAAUCAUGGGAUAUUUGGUGGACCUGAGACAUGUGUCAGUCUAUGGCACUGUGUACGCCAUUGCUGAUGUGGCUUUCUGUAUGGGCUUUGCUUUAGGUCCGUCCGCUGGAGGCGCCAUAGCGAAGAACAUUGGGUUCCCCUGGCUCAUGACCAUUAUCGGCGUCGUGGACAUCCUCUUCGCUCCCCUCUGCUACUUCCUCAGGAGUCCUCCUGGGAGGGAAGAGAAAAUGGCCAUCUUGAUGGACUCUAACUGCUCGAUGAAGACCCGAUCAUACUCAACACAGGGGAACACAGAGUACGAAGAGAUGGAGACAGAGUACGAUGAGUAUUAAUGGACACCAGACAUGUAUGUUACCUUCCAGAAGAUCUAUUUUGUUGUACAAAAACAGAGAUACAAUGAUUAUUAUUUUUUAACAGCGAAGCUGUUUCGUUGUGAGUGUCCGUCUUCACUGUUCUGUGUCAUUGUUAUUGUACGACUAGAGCAAACCAAAGUUGUUGUCAUUGCCGUGUUUAUUUUGAGCCAACAGCCUUAUCCAAUGGAAGUGGGGCCGUGUCAAAACAGGGUUUUCAUGGGCCGUAAUAGCAGACUGCUGUGAGUCAUAUUUACUGAAUAGUUCAGAUGAGGGUGGUAUUAUACAGUCGUGGCCAAAAGUUUUGAGAAUGACACAAAUAUAAAUUUUCACAAAGUCUGCUGUCUCAGUUUGUAUGAUGCCAAUUUGCAUAUACUCCAGAAUGUUAUGAAGAGUGACCAGAUGAAUUGCAAAGUGCCUCUUUGCCAUUCAAAUGAACUGAAUCCCCAAAAAACAUUUCCACUGCAUUUCAGCCCUGCCACAAAAGGACCAGCUGACAUCAUGUCAGUGAUGGCUGGAGAUCAUUCUGCCAUGCUGAUUGAGUUUGAAUAACAGACUGGAAGCUUCAAAAGGAGGGUGGUGCUUGGAAUCAUUGUUCUUCCUCUGUCAACCAUGGUUACCUGCAAGGAAACACAUGCCGUCAUCAUUGCUUUGCACAAAAAGGGCUUAACAGGCAAGGAUAUUGCUGCCAGUAAGAUUGCACCUAAAUCAACCAUUUAUUGGAUCAUCAAGAACUUCAAGCAGAGUGGUUCAAUUGUUGUGAAGAAGGCUUCAGGGUGCCCAAGAAAGUCCAGCAAACACCGUCUCCUAAAGUUGAUUUAGCUGCGGGAUCGGGGCACCACCAAUACAGAGCAUGCCCAGGAAUGGCAGCAGACAGGUAUGAGUGCAUCUGCACGCACAGUGUGGCGAAGACUUUUGGAGGAUGGCCUGGUGUCAAGAAGGGCAGCAAAGAAGCCAAUUCUCUCCAGGAAAAACAUCAGGGACAGACUGAUAUUCUGCAAAAGGUACAGGGAUUGGACUGCUGAGGACUGGGGUAAAGUCAUUUUCUUUGAUGAAUCCCCUUUCCGAUUGUUUGAGGCAUCCGGAGAAAAGCUUGUCCGGAGAAGACAAGGUGAGCGUUACCAUCAGUCCUGUGUCAUGCCAACAGUAAAGCAUCCUGAGACCAUCCAUGUGUGCGGUUGCUUCUUAGCCAAGGGAGUGGGCUCACUCACAAUUUUGCCUAAGAACACAGCCAUGAAUAAAGAAUGGUACCAACACAUCCUCUGAGAGCAACUUCUCCCAACCAUCCAGGAACAGUUUGGUGACGAACAAAGCCUUUUCCAGCAUGAUGGAGCACCUUGCCAUAAGGCAAAAGUGAUAACUAAGUGGCUCGGGGAACAAAACAUCGAUGUUUUGGGUCCAUGGCCAGGAAACUCCCCAGACCUUAAUCCCAUUGAGAACUUGUGGUCAAUCCUCAAGAGGCGGGUGGACAAACAAAAUCCCACGAAUUCUGACAAACUUCAAGCAUUGAUUAUGCAAGAAUGGGCUGCCAUCAGUCAGCAUGUGGCCCAGAAGUAAAUUGACAGCAUGCCAGGGCGGAUUGCAGAGGUCUUGAAGAAGAAGGGUCAACACUGUAAAUAUUGACUCUUUGCAUCAACUUCAUGUAAUUGUCAAUAAAAGCCUUUGACACUUAUGAAAUGCUUGUAAUUAUACUUCAGUAUCCCAUAGUAACAUCUGACAAAACAUAUUUAAAGACACUGAAGCAGCAAACUUUGUGGAAAUUAAUAUUUGUGUCAUUCUCAAACAAUUUGGCCACGACUGUAGAUCACCAAAUUCUGUGCUGUAGAUCGGCUAGGAGUACAAACCUAUCCUAAUAAUUCACCUAUUGGCCAUUAACAGUACGAACAAAACUAAUGUACUUAGAGAGUUACUUCUGUCUGUGUAGAAACUGACCUAGGGUCAGAUUCAACAUCUCGAACAAGGCUCUAUGAGAACACUGCUUAGUGUUGGUCAUUCUAUUAUUUAGAUAUAUAGUAUAAGAUAGCCUAUUACAGAGAUACAAGUUACUCAAUACAUUUGGAAUGAGAAUUUUCUUACUGCUAUAACAAGGCAAACCACAUUUUACCUUGAAAUGGGCCUUUUUCAUUGAUUCCACAAACAUUUUUUUUAUACAUUGAGAUCGAUUUUUAAAUUGAGGAAAUACCUGAAAUGAAAGGACAAUACACCAGAAGCUGUUAUAGCCAAUGCUGUCCUGGGUUGACUGCUUAUGACUGUGCUUGUGACUAUUUGCAUGGUAUACCACAUUAAAAAAAACACCAUCACUCCAAUGCCUUUCCUCAGUUUCACUGUCCACAUCAAAACUAAAAACAAGUUAAUAAAGCACAUGACUGUCACUGUAAAUGAUACCACAGCUCAUAGGACACAUAUUUAGCUGUUUUUUAAGUGUACAUACCUUUUGGUAAGCCAUUUGAAUGUGUGGAAAACAAAGACUCAUGUCUUUUUUUCACCUUUAUUUAACCAGGUAGGCUAGUUGAGAACAAGUUCUCAUUUGCAACUGGGACCUGGCCAAGAUAAAGUGUAUCAAUUCGACACAUACAACAACACAGAGUUACACAUGGAAUAAACAAAACAUAGUCAAUAAUACAGUAGAACAAAAGAAAACAAAAAAA